GCUGCUGUGUUUAUAAAAAAGUUUGGUGCUCAAAAGUUAUAAAUCUAAGAUAAAGUGUAGUGCAAAUAAAGAUUAAUUAAAACGACGGCGCAAUACUUUAAAUCGAAAUGGCCAAAGAUUCCGAGGAACGCAUCAAAUUAGCUGGCUAUGAGUUUUAUCGAGAAGUUUUGGGCUCGCCGCGCUAUGUGGUGGCGCCCAUGGUGGAUCAAAGCGAACUGGCCUGGCGCAUGCUCUGCCGACGCUAUGGUGCACAGCUCUGUUACUCGCCCAUGUAUCAUGCGAAUUUAUUUGCCACCGAUCUUAAAUAUCGCAAGGAUGCGCUGCAAACCUGCCCCGAGGACAGACCGCUCAUCAUACAAUUCUGUGGCAAUGAUCCGCAGCAGAUAUUGGAUGCAGCACUGGCGGCACAGAAUUUCUGCGAUGCAGUGGACAUAAAUCUGGGUUGUCCACAGGCUAUAGCAAAGCGUGGACACUAUGGCGCCUUUCUACAGGACGAGUGGGAGUUGCUGUCUGCCAUAGUGCGCACCUUGCAUGAGAAGCUUAGCAUACCCGUCUGCUGUAAAAUACGACGCUUUGAGGAUCGGGACAAGACUAUACGCUAUGCACAAAUGCUGGAGGCAGCGGGCUGUCAGCUGCUAACGGUACACGGACGUACACGAGAGCAGAAGGGUCCACUUACAGGCGUAGCUGACUGGAGCUACAUAAAAGCUGUGCGCGAGCAAGUGAAGAUACCCAUGUUUGCCAAUGGAAAUAUUUUGGGCUUGGACGAUGUGCAUCGUUGCCUGGAAGAGACUGGAGUCGAUGGAGUGAUGACUGCCGAAGGUAAUCUACAUAAUCCUGCUCUAUUUCAAGGCAUUGCCCCACCUGUUUGGCAAAUGGCCACCGAAUAUUUAGAGCUGGUUAAUAAAUAUCCAUGUCCCACUUCGUAUAUCAGAGGUCAUCUCUUCAAGCUGUUUCAUCAUAUCAUGAACAUACGCCAGAACUCAGAGCUGCGUGAACAGUUGGCCACCUCUAAUCAGCUCGAGCAAUUCCUUAGCAUUGUAGCCAAGGUGCAGGAGAAAUAUGAGCCUUAUCACAGCGGCGCUGCUACUUACACUGAGGAGGAAAUGGACAUGACCAACGGAGCACCCGCGCUGUCGCCUUGGCUCUGCCAGCCAUACAUACGCGCCUCGCCAGAAUCGCAUCGGCAAAAGAUCGCUGAGAAGGAGCGUGAGGCUGUUGAUCCGAAUCGCACAAAGCGGCAAUAUUUCGAUCCUGCUGGAAAUGAAAUCUCACGCAAACGCAUGAAGAAGCUACGUCGGCGUCAGCGUCGUCCCAGCAAGACAGAGGCACAAAUUCAGCUGCGGCAUGAACGUUGUUUAGAGUAUUGUACAAAGUGUGCCAAUCCUUUGGGUUUCAAAUGUGAGUUUCGGUUAUGCCGCGUCUGUUGCCGCGACAAGUGCUUUGCUGAGGAUUGCGACUGUCCCGGGCAUGGCAUACUCAUCAAAUCCCGACGUGCCAAGGCUAAGCAGUAUGAGCAUUCCAAGCAGCAGCAGCAAAGCAAUAAAAGUCCCGUCACAUUAACUGAUAUUGCCUCUUAAUAAGUGUUUAGUAAAUUUAUACAACAUAUUGUAGCAAAGUACUUUUAAUGUUGUUCCUAUGCUGCCGUCUACAAAUAAUAAAAAAUA